AUAAGAUUUAAUGAAACCUGCGCCGUAAAGUUAUCAAAAACUAAAACAAUGCGGGCAGAAGGGAAGAAUUGGGCGUGCUUAGGCGUUUGGAGGGAAGUUCAGUGAUUGGUUUGGACUUUUCACAGACUCCAACCAAUAGGCGAACGAAAGGCACUGAUAAAUGCUGGAAACCACAACGGCCAUGUCAUAAAUUGCUUGGGCUUUUAUAAUCGCAGGAAGUUUUCAUCUUGUGCAACGAUGAGCGGAAGAGGUAAAACCGGCGGCAAAUCAAGAGCGAAGGCCAAGACUCGGUCAUCCAGAGCGGGUCUUCAGUUUCCCGUUGGCCGUGUUCACAGGCUGCUUCGCAAAGGUAAUUAUGCCCAACGCGUCGGUGCCGGAGCGCCAGUUUACCUCGCCGCUGUUCUCGAGUAUCUCACCGCUGAGAUCCUGGAGUUGGCUGGAAACGCUGCUCGGGACAACAAGAAGAGUCGAAUCAUUCCCCGCCAUUUACAGCUGGCGGUGCGUAACGACGAGGAGCUGAAUAGACUUCUCGGCGGCGUGACCAUCGCUCAGGGUGGCGUGUUGCCCAACAUCCAGGCGGUGUUACUGCCCAAGAAGACCGACAAACCCGCUAAAGCCAAGUGAACGACUUUUUCUCCUGAUUAACUCAAAAGGCUCUUUUAAGAGCCACCCACUUGAACCGAAAGAGAGCGAUUUUAUUCUUAAGUGAAUAAUAGUUAAAGCUAUGGAAACAAACAAUAACUAAAUGUUUGUAACAAAAAAAGAGCUUGUUGCUCAUUCUCACCUUUGCUUACUCCAGCUUCAAUCCUCCUAGUAGCACGGCCUUGUAAACUAACGGUAUUGUUUAGCGUGUUGACAAAAUGUUUAUAUGCUCUCCUACCGGUAAGUCGCUUUGGAUAAAAGAGUCUGCCAAAUGAAUGCAUGUAAAUGUAUAAAAGUAUUGGAAAACCAGAUUCUGUCUUUAAGUGAGAUGAACGUUCACGACUUUGGGUUGGGCAGUGACUGUUCUGGGUGCCUUAAAACUAGUGGUGUCCUUCAUGUUUAUUCGGUUGUUAUUGAGCUCCACAGGAUCGUAAGGGAAAUUAUUACACACUCCCGGCUGUUGCUGUGACAUGACUAACAAUAACACCGAUUUCGAUACCUUUCUGGAGAACAUUUUUGUAUUACAGUUACCCUUAAAUGUCAUUCAUACAAUGACAAGAAACGAAACGAACAACAAAACUACU